AUGAGAGCCAUGACAAAUACGACGAAUAAUCAUGUGGUUCCAGUUAUUUCGAUGGCAAAAGAAGCAAAGAAAUUAGAAUCAUCUAAUCAUCAACCUCGUUCUAUAGUUCGAGAAUUUGCUUUGAAUACAUCCACUCAUGGUUUACCUGGUAUUGCACGAAGUCAAAGUAAACAUAAUUGUAUUUUCUGGACAGUUUCAUUUUUUAUUUUUACUGGCAUUAUGAUUUAUUCUGUUACUCAAACGAUUAAAAAUUAUUUUGAAUAUCCAACACAAACAUCUGUAUCAAUUUUUGUUGAACGAUCACAAGUAUUUCCUGCAGUUACAUUUUGUAAUUAUUCACCAGUUCGUUAUGAUCAUUUAAUUGGACCUUUUUUAAAUUAUACAAAUUCCAUUAAUGCAACAAAUACGAAUGAUACAACUACAUUUACUGCGGAACAGACUCUUCUUCUUCGUGAUUUUUUACAAGUUCAGCUAAAUACAGGUGCACCUAUCACUCAGUAUUUUUUUUCUCUCGAUACUAUGUUAAUCGAAUGUGUCUACAAUGACAAAACCUGUACAACUAAUGAUUUUAUCUCAUUUUUGUCUUCUACCUACGGUCAAUGCUUUACAUUUAAUGCUAAAACAAAAACAACAAAUGGAAGUGAUCUUCGAUAUACAAAUGAUGAUGGAGGAUCAGGAAAACUUAUUCUACGUCUUUAUGCACAAAGUCAUCUAUAUGUUCCAUAUGCUUCAGAAGACGUGUCAGUAGGAAUGAUUGCUAUGAUUCAUGACAAUACACAAUUACCACUUAUUGAUGUAGCUGGCACUCUGCUUGCACCUGGACGAAGACAUAGACUUGGUUACAAGAAAAAGACUAAUCAAUUCUUAUCAUCACCAUAUACAGAUUGUACAACAAAGAUACCACUUGCUAUGCAAGCAAUGUUUAAUGAAUAUGAAGGUGCUGAUUAUGCAUAUUCACAAGGUGUUUGUUAUACACUUUGCAUACAGGCAUACAUGUAAGUAUAAUUAGUUCACAAUUCAUGGUUGUACGGUGUAAGUUAGGAAGAUUGAUGAUAUUGUAGUUAAGUGUAUGUCCUCGCUAGCAAACUAAGUAUUUCAAAAUAUGAACUGCCCAUAACAUGCAUGAACUGAUAUAAUGGAAUUUCAAGAUAUGGACUGUCAAUGUCAUGUAACCACACUUCAAAAAUUCACCAACAUCUAUUUUUCUUCUUUAGUUAUGGUUUAAUAGAACUGAACGAAUUGGCAUGAGAAAAAUAAAUAUUUGACAUAUUCGAAAGCAAUUUUACGACAGUCAGAAUUUUUUGUAUAUCACUUUUAUAUUUUACAGUAUUGGUAUCAGGUUGCCCGAAAAGUUCGUGCAACUGGUGAUCCAGUACUGUGUUUGUGGAUCAUGUCACUUACAUCAUCAUUUAGAGUGUACAUUUUUAUUAUAUAUCACUCCAGCCAGCUUCUGCCAUUUCAUUCUUUCUAGACGACGAACAGACUUUCACUAUCUUGUGAGAUCAUGAGUUGGACAUAUAGAAAAUCGAGCAUUCAUAAAGGUUUUUAUUCAAAAUUGGUUGAUUCGUAGUGAGACUUACGAGAUACUGGCACAUACGAAUGACGAAUCUUCUUCAAUGUCCCAGACAUACAGAUUGAUUGAUGAUUUCGGUACAAUGCAGCUUUUUUCGAAUAAAAAAGCUUCAUAAAUCCAUGAUACUCAACAUGUCUGAAUCAUUCUCAUACGCGACAUUUCAAAACAUUCGUUUUUUUCCAGACAGAAUGAAACAAUCGAAGCGGAC